CUCUGUUUGAAUGGUAAUACUACAAAGCAAUGGAGCAUUCUAUGCUCCAAUUGUUGCAGAAAUGCAAAACGAUCAAACAAUUGAAACAAACCCAUCUUCAGAUUAUCGUCAAUGGCCUCAAAGAUGACAACUUUAUUGUACCCAAACUCAUAAGUCGAUCCUCAGACCUUUCACUUGACUAUGCUGUUGCAACUUUUGAAAGUAUGAAUAAUCCCAGUGUUAUAUCUUAUAAUACUUUGAUUCAAUGCUUCAUUGGUAAGACUAGUAAUGAUGCAUUAUUGACUUAUAAAAAGAUGAGGGCCUCAAUGAUUUCGCCUAACAGUUUCACAUUCACUUUUCUUUUGAGAUGUUUCGAGUCUUUUGAGGCGUUGGGAGAUGGUGAAAUGGUGCAUAAUCAGAUUGUGAAGCUGGGAUUUGAGUCAAGUGUUUUUGUUAUGAAUACGCUUAUGGAUUUUUAUGGCAACUGUUGUGGGGAUUUGGGUGUGGCUCGAAAGGUGUUUGACUAUAUGCCUAAAAGAGAUGUUGUCUCGUGGAAUACGUUGAUUGGACGGUGUAUGAGCCGUGGAGAGAUAGAAUCUGCAAUUGGGCUGUUUGAGUCCAUGCCGGAAAGGAGUAUUGUGACAUGGAAUUCGGUUAUCAGUGGGCUUUUGAGAGCUCGAAAAUUGGAGUUAGCUCAUUCUGUAUUUCAACGUAUGCCAGAAAGAAAUGAUGUUUCUUGGAAUACAAUGUUGUCUGGUUAUGUAAAGGUUGGUGAUAUGGAAACUGCACAGGCGAUCUUUAAUAAGAUGCCGGAAAGAAGUGUAGUCUCUUGGACAGCUAUGGUUUCAGGGUAUGCAACGGUUGGUGACCUUCCAUCAGCAAGGAAGAUUUUUGGUGAGAUGCCAGCAAAAAAUGUGGUUUCUUGGAAUGCAAUGAUUGCAGGUUAUGUUAACGGUCACUUGUUUGAUCAAGCACUUUCCGUGUUUCAUCAUAUGUUAAUUGAUGGCAGAUGCAAGCCUGAUCAAACUACUUUAGUUAGUGUCCUGUCGGCUUGUGCUCACUUGGGAUCUCAUGACCAUGGAAAAUGGGUUGACUCCUAUGUUAGGAAAAAUAAAUUUGAACUGUCACUUCCACUGGGUAAUGCUUUGAUAGACAUGUAUGCGAAAUGUGGGGAUGUAGAAAAUGGAAGAGCAGUUUUUCAAAAGAUGAACAAGAGAUGUAUUAUUACUUGGACUUCAAUAAUAUCAGGAUUGGCAGUCAAUGGAUAUUGUACUGAAGCCUUAGACCUAUACGAUGAAAUGUGCUCAGAAGGACUAAAACCAGAUGAUGUGAUUUUUAUUGCAGUUCUUUCAGCUUGCACACAUGGAGGACUGGUGAAAGAAGGUAAAAGGGUUUAUGAUCAGAUGGUGCACGACUUUGAUAUUACACCACGAAUUGAGCAUUAUGGCUGCAUGGUUGAUCUCCUUGGUCGAGCAGGAAAGUUGGAAGAGGCAUUAAGGAUCAUAGAGAGCAUGCAUUUACAACCUAAUGCUGUCAUUUGGGCUACUAUACUUUCUGCUUGUAAGAUCCAUGGUAAUGGAAAGUUGUUGGAGUCACUGACAAGAAAGAUCUUCGAGCAAGAGCCAAUGAAUCCUGGUUACUUAACAUUGAUUACAAAUUUAAGCUUGCAUGUUGGAAGAUGGCAAGAUGCAUUGGACGUCCAUGUAGCAAGUAGGCAACAGGGAACAGAAAAGGCACCUGGUUGUAGCUCAAUCCAAAUAGGAAACAGUGUGCAUGAAUUUUUAGCUAAGGAUACAAGGCAUACACAAAGGAAAGAGGUCUAUAGGUCUUUAGCUAGCCUGAAUGGACACUUAAAGUCAGUUUAUGACAUGCAGGGACUCCUGGCCCUUGCAUUGACUACCAAUGCUUCUUCUCAGAGUCAGACGUGCAAGAACUCUGGUUAAUGCAUAGAUAUGUAUAAGCUUCGACUUUUUCUUGAUCUGAUAUCCGAGAGGAAAGCUAUGCUGUCACAGAUGGACAACAUACUUAUACUGCUCUGGCUCUCAGCUAUCACGGAUAGAAUGAGGAGUUCAUCCUUUGGCUUUUCAACAGUAAUGCUGAUUCUGCAACUUCUUCCAUUAUCGCUGCUCAACUCAUUGCUGGCUCUGGAAUUCGAAAAAAAAAGAGGUAGGACCACUCUUUUUUGCUGUAACUAAAUGGGUUUCCAUCAUAAAGUGUUUCUUGAUCACUAAUGCUCUUUCAUUGCGUGAUGCUCAUCAAUGGAAGCCAUCUAAAAGUAUUUUUCAUGGCAAAAAAUUAGUGACAGCAGAUACUUUUAUUCUUUUUACAAAACAGCUACUGGUUUCAUGUAACAACGAAUAGCAAUAAGUGACAUGAUUAAACUAACUAAACUCUUUAGUAGUUACCAUGUUUAUUGCUCACUAUGAAUUUUCAUAUUCUGAUGAAGUUUCAGAGCCCUUUCUACUUAAUUGCUUGAGUGAACCAAACAAUUAUUUAUCCAAGUCUUCUAAAGUGACAGUUUUAUUUUCGCUUGUUGGAAAAUUUGAAAUGAAGCGAAUACAAAUUAAAGAAGCUGCUUGUACUUGUUUUGAAACUAAUUAAGAUAGAAAAAGUACUUUUUUUUUUUGGGAUACAAACACCUAGUUGUGGCCAAAUGAAAGUUAGUUUGCUGUGGCACUAAAAGUUGCAUUGAAUGCCAAGUUUCAGAAUAGCAUGCUGCACGAGUUAUUUCACAAAAAAGAGCUGUAAAAACCAUAACUUUUAUGAAAUUUCAAGACCAUGAUAGGCAUUUUUCUUUGGCAUACAUCAUCCGCACAUGAAUGUAAAUAAUCUUUACGCAUCCAUAGCAUAGAAUAGUUCAUCAUAAACAUUAUUGAGAUACAUGGGAUUCUUUGGAUUCACUGUUCUUGCGACUGGUUCUUGCUGCAUAAGCUCUUGAGCUUCUCUACUGCUUCAUGCAACUGCCCUUCACCUUCUUCUCUCAACUUGUGACUCAAUUCCUUAGCCUUUUGUUUCACUGAUUCUCCCAGCUCUAUCUUCUCUACGACCACCUCUUUUAUGACUUUAGCAACAUUUUCCCUCUUGAUCCGCCCAUCUUCAUCCCUCAAAAUCUCAAUGCCAACACCAA